AUGGCUGGCCCGCAGCAGCAGCCCCCUUACCUGCACCUGGCCGAGCUGACAGCAUCCCAGUUCCUGGAAAUCUGGAAGCACUUUGAUGCAGACGGAAAUGGGUACAUUGAAGGCAAGGAGCUGGAGAACUUCUUCCAAGAGCUGGAGAAGGCAAGGAAAGGCUCUGGCAUGAUGUCAAAGAGUGACAACUUUGGAGAGAAGAUGAAGGAGUUCAUGCAGAAGUAUGACAAGAACUCAGACGGAAAAAUUGAGAUGGCAGAGCUGGCACAGAUCCUGCCGACUGAAGAGAAUUUCCUCUUGUGCUUCAGGCAGCAUGUGGGCUCCAGCGCUGAGUUUAUGGAGGCUUGGCGGAAGUACGACACAGACAGAAGUGGCUACAUCGAAGCCAAUGAGCUCAAGGGGUUCCUGUCUGACCUCCUGAAGAAGGCCAACCGGCCCUAUGAUGAACCUAAGCUCCAGGAGUAUACCCAGACCAUACUGCGGAUGUUUGACUUGAAUGGAGAUGGCAAACUGGGGCUCUCCGAGAUGUCCAGACUCUUGCCGGUACAGGAAAACUUCCUGCUGAAAUUUCAGGGUAUGAAGCUGACCUCAGAAGAGUUCAAUGCCAUCUUCACAUUUUACGACAAGGAUGGAAGCGGCUACAUCGAUGAGAAUGAGCUGGACGCCCUCCUGAAGGAUCUGUACGAGAAGAACAAGAAGGAGAUGAACAUCCAGCAGCUUACCACCUACAGGAAGAGCGUCAUGUCCUUGGCUGAGGCGGGAAAACUCUACAGAAAGGAUCUGGAGAUUGUGCUCUGCAGUGAGCCCCCCAUGUAA